AUUUUAUUGGCAACUACCUAUGAGAGGAGAGUUAUGAAAAUGUAGUAAAGAUAACAAGGUGAAACUGCACUACCUUGAAAAAGUAUCUGCCUCCAUUGUGCUGUGCCGAGUGAAUGUCAUGGUCAAGAUCACCUUUGGGUGACCCUUAAACCUCAACUGUGUUGUCGGACAUAUUUGCUAGAGCAAUUUGCUUCCGAGCGACGUCUUGAUUUAGCCUUGGAAUGGAAUUAUGGUCGAGGUCAUACAAAUCGCCACAAUGCUACGAAGACCACCCACAGGCAUUGAGCUGAAAUUGGAUGAUAUUACUGAAUAUGAAGAGAUGCGUGAACAGUUGAAUAAAGAAAAACAGGGUUCAAAACCUCUUCAACUGCCCCCUUGGCAACCAGGUCCAAAAGGCAAAUUAGAAGUGUAUGCAAGAGUGGGAUACACACCAAUGGACCAACAGCCCUCCCCACAACCUGGGAACCAACGUCAAAAUUGCUUAUGAUGACAUCCAUACACAUGAUUAAUUUAUAUUUACUUAUAUCAUUAAUAAAAAAUACUAAAUGUUUGUA